CUGCAUUUACUGAUUUUAAUGAAUUAAAAAACUGUAUUAAAGACCAUACCUUUUCUUCCUUUUGGACUAUUAUUGAAAAGAAUGAAAAUAUGUUAUUCAUCCACCUAUCUGUUAAUGAUGGCAUUCCUACCAUAACAUUUGCUGUAAGCAUUAACAAUGAUCUAUUUUUAAAUGCAUCAUUUAUGGGAGAAAGGAUUUUGAAACACGAGCAAUUUCUAUUACCAAUUAAAGUUAAUAAUAUAAAUCAAAUAUUUGAUAUUCUUGAUUAUUAUGAAAAGAAUCCCUGUGAUAGAUGAUCAAAUUCACUGAAUGUCAAAAUUAAUAUUAUUGAAUCUAUCAUACAAGACUGGAAGUAAACUAAGAUUAUCCCACGAAUUAAAAAUUGCCUCUCAUUAUAAAGGUACUAUAACAGUUAACAUAUUUGAUGACAACGAUGAGAAUAAUGAUGAUGGAAAAGAACCCAUAAAUUUAAUUUUCUGUGAUAUAUCGGUCGAAGAAUCUGACAUAGAUAAAAUAGAAGACACCUUGCCCAUAAUAGCAUAUUUAGCUGGUUGUUGUUCUCAUGGUGCUUUUAAAAAAGCUAAGUGUUUACAUUGUCGCCAAAAAUUAAUAAUGGAUGCAAAUUCCAUUCCUCCUAGUUUUAAACUAAUAGAUGUAAAAUAUAAGGGUGGGUUAUUAUAUCCUAUUAAAACAGUUUUUAAUUCUGUUACCCAUACAUAUAUAGUUGUUCAAAAAUUAAUUAGUGAAAAAUAUGAGAAUAAAUUUACUGAAUUUCCUAAUCAACGAAAUUUGAUCAUUAAUCUUGUGGAAAAUAUUUUAAUAUCUAAAGAUAUGUUUCUUUCUUCAGAUGUUUGUACAAAUGGGCAUGACAUAUUAUCCUUACUUGGUGUAAUUCUGAGGUCAGCAACUAACAGCUUAUUAAAUAAUUAUUUGUAAAGGAAAAAAUGAUAAAGUGAAAAGUAAAUCUAAUAAUAAAACUGCUUCUAAGUAUAAAAGAAAUCUAGGAACUUUUUCUAAAAAUUCUUCCAUGGAUAAAAAAGAAUCUAGCAAAAAAAAAAAAAAAAAAAAAAAAAAUGAUCAGUUGGAAAGAGGAAAAGUACCUGUUAAAAUAUAAGUAUAGAAGGGGAAAAAAAUUUGUUUUGAAGGAAUAAAGUGAAAAUUAUUUUUAAAAAUUUAAUUGAAUGUAACUGAUAAAUUAAAUGUAUUUAUAUUGUUAAAGAUUAGUUAAAAUUAUAACCUGUGCAGCUUAAGAAUAUUACAAUUUUAAUUGUCAUUUUUAUUUUGUUAGAAAUCAUAGUUGAAGUGAUAUUUCUAUUUUGUAUAUAUGUGUUCUAAAUAAUUGUAUUUUUUAUAUAUUACAUGAAAAUAA